AAAUAAAUAAACAUUGCAAAAAAAAAAAAAAAGAAAAUGUUUAAAAAAAAACUAUUUGAAGCUAGCCUCAUUCAUGUAUAGGGAUCAGUAAGGACGAUGUAUCUUUAAAAAAUGUUACCCCUAACCCCAAUUGUCAUCACCCACAGAAGAAAGAUGCAACAUUUGUCUAGAAUGAUCCCGAGGCAGCCGUGUGGUCUUAUCAUAUUAAAAGUAACACUUUGAAGUUAACCUCCUUUGUUUUCGGUGGCCUCUCUAACAGAGAAAAGUCCCAGGGAUGCUAGAACUCAUCCAAUUCUGACUGGAUUAGAGGGGAGGAAAUGGGUGGGAUGGGCGGGGAGCAGUGCUAAUAAAAGCCCCUCCUGGGAGAUCUCACUUCAGAACUGCUGCUGGGACAAGACCUGGGGCCAGAGCAGAAGAGACAGGGGCCAUGGCCGAACACUUUAAAGAAGUAAGCAGGUGUCUCGUGUGCCUGGCCUACCUCGAAACGCCCAUGUACCUGAAAUGUGGCUACGUCUGCUGCCUGCGGUGCCUGGAUUCGCUGCAGAGAGAGCCCGACGGGGCGGGCCUACUGUGCCCCUCCUGCUCUGUGGUCUCUCAGAAGGAGGACAUCAGGCCCGGAAGCCAGCUUGGGAGGCUGGUUGCAAAGAUCAAGGAGUUAGAGCCCCAGCUGCGAGCUGUUCUACGGAUGAACCCAAAGAUACGCAAGUUCCAAGUGGACGUGACCUUGGACGUUGACACGGCCAACGGCUACCUCGUCAUUUCUGAGGACCUGAAGAGUGUCCACUGCGGGUAUUCCAGACAGAACCGGACGCCCCGGGCCGAGAGAUUCGACUAUGCCCUCUGUGUGCUGGGCUCCCCUGGGUUCUCCUCUGGCCGCCACUACUGGGAGGUGGACGUGGGGACCAGCAAGGAAUGGGACGUGGGUGUUUGCAGAGACUCUGCUCAUCGGCAAGGGCCGGUUCUGCUGUCCUCAGAGUUUGGCUUCUGGACGGUGGGUCUGAGGACAGAUCUCUUCCAAGCCGGCACCAUGCCUGUGACUGUUCUCUCGGUGAGCCCCCGGUUACACCGCGUAGGGGUCUUCCUGGAUAGGAAUUUUGGCACCGUUUCCUUUUACCACGUUAGCGACGGAUCCCACAUUUUCACAUUCACUGAAAUUCCUGCCGCGGAGACGCUGCGUCCGUUUUUUGCUCCUGGGAAUCCGACCACGGACGGGCAAGAAGUCCUGAGAAUCUGCCCUACAAGCCCCGGCCGCAGCCUGUCCCCUCCGGCCCUGGCACAGGUGGCCCAAAGCCCCUGCAGACACACCCACCGGGACCCCCACCAGCCCCCACAACAUUGGGGCCGGAGUCCGAGCGACUCACAGGAGGAGGAGGAGGAGGAGGAGGAGGAGGAGGAGCGAGCCACCACCGCGCCCCUCGACAGCAAGGACAGAAGUCCAGCCGCCCUGACGCUCACCCAGCCCUACACGACCCCCGACCCCCACGUGGGGUCCACUGGCCACAAGCAUGUGUGA